AUCUUUCAUUCGCGCUCCCUUCAAAUGGCAAACAACAAGCCCAAGUGCAAAAAUCUAGUCCUCGACGCCGGCCCCUUACUAUCUCUGUCACCUCUGCGGGGUUUGGCUGAAACCUAUGUCACAGUACCUCAGAUAAUAGAAGAGUUGAGGGACAAAAACGCCCGUGAACAUUUGGAACGACUGGGAUUGAAUUAUGGGGUGAAAAUAGAGGUGAAAAAUCCCAGUGCGACAAGCCUUGCUACAGUGAUACAGUGGGCCAAAAAGACAGGAGAUUACUCAGUUUUGUCCCGUCCUGAUCUUUGCGUCUUGGCCCUUACCCACACACUGCAUGAACAAGGAGAGUUGGAGAAUGUCAACCAGGCAACAGAAGUUGUGAAGGGCACCGUCGAGAAUAAUGAACCUACGGAUGCUCCUGCCGACGAUAAUGGCUCCAGAGAUCCUUCUGAUGCUUUCGAACCACCUCCCUCUGACACAGAGUCCGAAUCACAAGCUGACGAACAAUCAGAGAGCAACGACGUACAGAACCUGGGACCGCUCGACGUUGAGUUACAACCGAUAUCGACAUCUAAUCCCGCACGGCAGCAUUCACCAUCAGAAGAAUCCAAAGGCGUCCGAAGUACACCUUUGUACGACGAUCCAUCCGAUGAAGGCGACGGCGAAGGCGAAUGGAUUACUCCCGCAAAUGUCGCUAUUCACAAGUCUCGGGCUCUUGAUCUUCUCCCAAGUUCUGAUUCCUCUCGUCGGAAGGGCAAAGGCAAGGCCAACGAAGUGAUUCCUGUUGGUUGCAUGACGGCUGAUUUUGCAAUGCAAAAUGUUCUGCUGCAAAUGGGCUUGAAUCUUGUAGGCACCGAGGGAAGGAGGAUACAGAAGGUGAAGAGCUGGGUAUUGCGAUGUCAUGCAUGCUUCAAAAUAUGCAAGGAUUCAUCAAAGAAAUUCUGCCCCACAUGUGGCAAUCCCUCCUUGCUACGCGCGUCUGUUACGAUAUCUGAUCCUGGCGCAUCUCCUGAUACACCAGCAAUGCAAGUACACCUCAAACCCAACUUCCAAUAUAGGAUUCGAGGAACAAAGUACUCGAUACCUGCGCCCAAGGCUGGAUCCGCCAAGACUGGUCCUGGUGAAGGUCUGAUUCUUCGAGAAGAUCAAGCAGAGUACAUGAGAGCUAAGAAGCGGGCUGAUGGGAAACGCGAGCGUGAGGAGGCGAAGAUGAUGAAAGGCUUGCUUGCGAGAGGUGCCCGCGGGGACACGGGGGUAGCUGUGGGCAGCUGGAUGGAUCCGGAUUGGAUUCCCGAGAUCAUGAGUGCUGGAACUGGAGGUAAGGGAAGGAUCAUGCGAAGCGCAGGCAUGGACGGAGACAUGCCCAUCAUUGGGUAUGGUAAAAAAAAUCCCAACGAGCGUAAGAGGCGGAAGUAGAUAUCACCCGCGUCGUUCAAGUCAUGGGGAUUGUAAUUACAGCCGCAUUACAUUACAGUCUAUGCACCUAAACUUCUGUUCAUGAAACGCCUCUUCUGG